UGUAGGCACUUAAUUUUGUGGGACAGACUAGGCAAUAAAACCAAUCUGGUCUGGACUAAAUGGACACCACAAUGCACAGAGGGGAUGCACAGUGAGCUGCAUACAAAAAGACAGACUAAUAAUUACAAAGAAUAGAAGACAGAUACACUUAAAGUUGUCUCAGGAUGCACAAAUGACACCUUCAUGCAGAAUCAUUCUCUUGCAGACUCAAGCCCACUGUGUGUGUGUCAGUCCUGAUGAGUCUCUCCUUGUGUGAGAGGAGUGGAAACAACAAAAGACACCCCCUGCAGUAGUAGAGAUCUAAUAUUGGCACUCGAAGCAGCUGGCGGGCUGUCUCCUGUAAUUUUAGCGCACACUGAUGCAGAGGAAAGGUUUAAUGGGCAUUGGUCGGCGUACCCUCUUGUGAGGGCGUAAAGGAGACGGAGCCGAGCGAGCAGAGAGAGGGAGGGAAGGGGAGUACAGGGAGAGGACAGUGAGGAGAGAGGGAGAGAGGAAGGCAGCGUGUCAGGGCUGCUGUGGCUCAGAAAUAAAGUCAGGCAACUAUCUGGGGCAGCAUGACUCUUCUAACACUUGGACUGUAUCUGCCACUGUGGGUUUGUUAUGGCCUGGCUCAGUCCUCUUUUCUGGACAGCUUUAUUUCAUUCCCGGCGGCUCUCCGAUCCCAGGAGCAGCAGAAGAGAUUCAGCCCAUGCUGUUUACUGAGUCCGCCUCCACCCCCGCUGUUCCCUCCACCCCCUUCACUUUGGCGCCGCCACGCUCAUGAUGAAGACCGUGAUGGCGGUGAGUCAGAGCCGGGCAAUGAGGACAAAGGUUCUUCCUGCGUCCGAGGCCCCCACGGGCCAGCUGGUCCUUCUGGCCCUCAGGGGCCACCUGGAUUACCUGGGAUAGGAGGGCCCAAGGGAGAAAAGGGAGAAAUCGGAAGACCUGGGCAAAAGGGACGGACAGGUCCUCCUGGACUUCCUGGGAAACAGGGACCAGCUGGAUGGCCUGGACCAAGGGGGCCCAAAGGUGAGAAAGGUGACGGGGGGCUGAUGGGUUUGCCUGGAGCCAGAGGACCAAUUGGGCCAAGGGGUUUAGCUGGGUACAAAGGGGAAAAGGGUUCUCGAGGUGAUCGCGGUGAGAGUGGAGUAAAAGGCGACAAGGGUGGGAUGGGUUUCCCAGGGAUGCUUGGACAGAAAGGUGAAAUGGGUCCAAAAGGAGAACCUGGGAUCUCAGGAAACAGAGGACCCACUGGCCGACCGGGGAAAAGAGGCAAACAGGGAGGGAAAGGAGACCUGGGCAGUGUUGGUCCUAUGGGACCUGCAGGCCCACAGGGAACUCCAGGCCACCCUGGUCCUCCUGGUUCACCUGCCACAGGACUCUACAUGGUUGGAACAAAGGGUGGACGUGGUCCACCAGGGCCUCCUGGGAAGUGUAGCUGCGGCUCUCUCAGUAAUUCUCCAUUUGAUGAUUAUCCUUCCAGAGGAAACUAUCUCAAAGUACCAGCGAUAUUUGUUGUGAGCAAUGAGGAAGAACUGGAGCGUCUCCACACAGAUAACGCUCUCGCAUUCCGCAAAGACCAGAGAUCUCUCUAUUUCAAAGACGUUGACGGCUGGCUGCCAAUCCAGACUUUUCCAUCCCAGCUGACGCCGUUCCAGUCCAUGGAAAACGCACCUGAUGAUGAGGGUUACUGUGGCGACGGGAUAGUGCAGAUUUCCAGCGGGGAGGAGUGUGAUGACAGAAACAGAGUUGUCACCGACGGCUGCGUCAAGUGUAAACACGCCUACUGUGGAGACGGAUACCGCUAUGAGGGGGCUGAGGAGUGUGAUGGAAAGGACUUUGGAUACCAGACAUGUAAUUCAUAUCUUCCAGGGUCAUAUGGUCACCUCAAGUGCACACCAUACUGUGUCAUUGACUCCACAAACUGCAAGUACUUUACUUGAGGAGGAAGCUGGACGGUGCAGCGGGAUCCUCUGUGUGUUAUUUGGAAUAUUUUCAUGCAAAAAAAAAAGAACAAUAUUGCUCCGAGCAAGAGACUCUGAAGGUAGAGGCAGCCAACGAUUCUAUGAAAACAAAACCUAUAUAUACUAUAUAUAACUCCUCUGUAUUGCUGCUGAGAUGCCACGUAGCUCCCCCGGAGUUAUAGUCGGUCAGUGGAAGUGGAAACCUUUCACCCACACAUAGGAAAUGCACAGGACAACUGCACUCAGUCUUAACAAGCAGGACUUAAGACUGGCCUCCUCACCAUGAAUCAGCCUCUGGAUGCAACAGUUGUGUGACAAGCCAUGCAGAGACUUAAUUAUGUGCCAGUGGGAGAUGUUGCAGAGGAGCAGUAGCCGUUGCCAGAGGCGUGUUAAUCUUGACCCAGUUACUGUUGAGGAAGAGAGGCAGUAGGACAUCCAGAGCCCUGGCCUCGGGUAUUCUACCGCAGCGUCAGUGACGGUGCACAGCAUUUGCAUGAGGCUGGGAGACCAUGACAGCAGCUGUCACGAUCCAAGCAUGUAACCCAUCACUUUACUUAUUAUUGCCACGACAAGUCUCGCACUGUGUAGUCUCAAUAACACAUCAAGAAUUUCAAAUGUAGAAGGUAAAGCCCGGCAUAUAAGAUCAAUAUGUGUGGUUAGGGAUGGAGAUAGAGACUGUUAUACGAGGAGGCCACACUUCAGAGGCCGACUUCAUUAGCUUGUGGUGGUACUGUGCUUGACAGUCUGGACAAGGUUUCAUGAAUCCCAAAAAAAACUUCUCAGGAACCAACAGGUAAUGUAGCUCCACAUAGCACCUUUUUUUCUCCCCACUACUCUCUUUGUAAAUGAAAUGGCAGUGACUGUACGCUGAAGCACACAGAUAACUCGAGUUUCUUCCCUGUGCUUCGGUGAGAAAUGAAAUACACUGUACACGAAGGCUUGAAACUGUUAUGCUCUUAAUUCUCUCUCUGCACAGAGGAAAGGCUGGGAAUCGUCUGUAGCUGCUAAGAGGAAUUUUAAAUUCCAGUCUGUUUUAAUGGUCAUUACUGUAUUUACUCUAAUACCUCUUUAUCCAGUCUUUCUGUCUUACAGUAUAUAACAACAACAGAGAAACUCAACAGUAAACUUAACAGUGUAGAUGUAGUCUGCUGUGUGUUUGUGUGUGUUUAUAGGCACCAAAUGGUGAAAAUGACUUUGCCGAUAUAAGCUGACAUUUUCCAUAAGCUACUGUAUGAGUCGCAGUGCCAAGGGAGACCUGUUCUCAGCCAUACUUAGAUGUUCUGUAAAAAGAUAAAGACUGUUAACUAUUAUCGCCUCCGCAUGCUUGUGAAACCGUGCUAAAUGAGUGUGAAACCCCUUCCUGUUGCUUUGUAAAUCACCGCAUUCAUCAGCGUAGCAGGUGUCUUAAGAUAUAUCUGCCCAGAGUGUAGCUGUAUGUAUGACACACCUUAUAUAUGAUAGUGAUGAACUGUGCCUUGCACAAAAACCAAAAUACCUUUUGUUGAAUGUUCUGUCUGUGGCCUGUACUGUGUUUAUGCUGAAACAUAACACGCAUGUGGUAACAUACUGUAAGGCUUUAUGAAAUAUAGUAUGCACUGUGACUGGGAUAGUGAACAUUUCAUUUUGUUUCAUCACUCUGAUAUGAUUUAUACAGUAGUUGUGGGUACUUUUAAAAAGAAAUAAAACAGGAAAUCAUUCAAAGUC